AUGGUCCAGGAUUUGGGUGCAAAGUACGAUAUACUGUCGAAAACCGUGGCUGAGAAGCAAGUGGCUAAUACAGCUCUUCCCGAGAAAUUUAAGAUUCUGAAUAUUCCCAUCUUCAUGGGCAGUGAGGAUCCGAUGGAGCAUCUGAUGACCUUUCCGUCUCAUACGUCUUUACACAAGACCCUUGAUGUAGUGGCAUGUCGAGCCUUUCCACUCAACUUGUCAGGAAAGACCCGAGACUGGCUUAAGAAUCUUCUACCAAGGGACUCCCUCUGGAGGUUCAACCAGGAGAAGUUGGACACCGAGAGCGCACUUGAUGAUUUUAUCUAUAGUGCUAUCUUCCAAGGACUGAAGAAGGAUGGCCCUCUCAUGUCAGAAUUGGCAUUAAAACCACCAAAGGACUCACACGCCUUCAUGAUCAAGGUUGAUAGGUACAUCAACCAGGAAGAGACACUUCAAGCCUUCUUGGGCCCCCAGGAAAGUCAACCAGAACUUUCUUCAUCCGGGAAGCCCAGCAAGAAGAAAAAGUCCGAGGCAGUGCAGGACAACGACCCCUCGGACUAUAAGAAGGUGAGGAAGAAUUUUGGGGAUCACAAGUGGAUCCCUCUGGAUGCCACUCUCACUGAAGUCAUGAGGGCAAUAGAGAAAGACCCCGCCUUCCAAAGGCCGAAACCCCUCCCAGGGGUGCCACUGGCACGUCUGGCGAAUAAGUAUUGUGCUUUCCACAACUGUAAUGGUCAUCUUACCGAGCAGUGUAUAUCACUAAGGCAACUGAUCGAGAAGUUCGUUGAGAACAGUAAGUUGGUUCGAUUUUUGGUCAAUGAAAGGAACCAGCAGGAUCGAGCUUGGGCCUCGAGGCCGAUAGAAGAAGAAGAAGGAGGCAUAGGAGGGACUAUGCACCGAGACGGGAAGAAAUGCGAGAGAGGGCAAGGGAGCCCACUCUUAGGCCUCGGGCAGAAGAGAGACGUGAAAGAAGCCGGAGUAGAGCCUGAGAGAAUGACAACCUCCCCAUCGUCCAUACCAUCUCAGGAGGAUUUGAAGGAGGAGAAGAGUCUAGUUCGGCUCGGAUGGCUUAUGCCAGACAACUGGACGACUUUGAAGUAUACUCAAUGCAGAAGCCUCCUAAAGGCUGAAGGAAGUUCUGCUGAUAUUCUUUUCAAAUCAGUGUUUGAUCAUAUGAGCAUUCCUCGGGGUAGGGUGGCCUUGGUCAUUUGUCAUUUGUUGGGCUUUGCGGGCGAGAAGGUUUUACCUCUCGGGUCUAUCGAGCUUCCAGUCACCGCAGGAACUUAUUUGAGGCAGAAGGUUGUCAUGGUGAAGUUCCUAGUUCUAGAUAAACCUUCGGCGUAUAAUGCCAUUUUUGGAAGAACUGCUCUUAAUGAGCUAAAGGCUAUCACAUCAACUCCGCAUUUGAGUAUGAAUUUUCCAAUUGCAAAGGGGAUCGAAGUUGUGAAGGGAGACCAGAGGGAAGCUAGAAGGUGCUAG